GCAUCUUGUUGAAGUGCAGCGCGCCAAAUACAUCUUCCAUAUUCCAUAUUACAUAUUAAGUCGUAUUUUUGUAAUUAAAAUACCUGGCAGUUAGGCAAAUAUUCAACUGAUUAAAAUGGCGUCGACUAGCAAGAUACCAUUGCAGUCAAGAAAUUUGCCGUGGGUGGAGAAAUACAGGCCACAGACCCUAGAUGACUUGAUUUCUCACAAGGACAUAUUAAGCACUAUCCAGAAGUUUAUCAGUGAGGAUAGGCUGCCACACCUCCUCUUCUAUGGACCCCCAGGCACAGGGAAGACAUCUACUAUUCUUGCCUGUGCCAAGCAGCUCUACAAAGACAAGGAGUUCAACGCUAUGGUCCUGGAGCUAAAUGCAUCAGAUGACAGAGGUAUAGAUGUGGUUCGAGGGCCAAUCCUGAGUUUCGCCAGCACCAGGACCAUAUUCAAGAAGGGUUUCAAGUUGGUGAUACUGGACGAGGCUGAUGCCAUGACCCGCGAUGCACAGAAUGCAUUGCGACGAGUCAUUGAGAAGUACACUGAGAACACCCGGUUCUGUCUGAUCUGUAACUACCUGUCUAAGAUCAUCCCGGCCCUGCAGUCCAGAUGCACCAGGUUCCGCUUCGGACCCCUGUCCCAGGACCAGAUGAUCCCCAGGCUGGAGCAUGUUAUACAGCAGGAGAGUAUUGAUGUAACUCCAGAUGGAAUGAAAGCUAUUGUGACCCUGUCAUCAGGGGACAUGAGAAGAUCCCUCAAUAUACUGCAGAGCACCAGCAUGGCCUAUGGGAAGGUGACUGAGGACAAUGUUUACACCUGCACCGGUCACCCACUUCGCUCAGACAUAGCCAACAUCCUGGAAUGGGCCCUAAACAAGGACUUCAGCACCGCUUACAAACAGACUCUUCAGCUGAAGACGUUGAAAGGCCUGGCCCUGCAUGACAUCCUGACGGAGAUCCAUCUAGUCAUACACAGAGUGGAUUUCCCUCCUGCCAUUCGGAUGGGCCUGCUUAUCAAGUUGGCAGAGAUUGAGUACCGGCUGGCCUCAGGAACCAGCGAGAAGAUCCAGUUGAGUUCGAUGGUGGCAGCUUUUCAGGCGGUCAGAGACAUCGUGGUCAAUGAGGCUACCUAGACCGUCUGUACCAAAACGGUCACAAACACUGAGUGCACAGAGGUCUCGUUCCCAAGGUCCUAGGGGCCUAUGGUGUGUUGGUUCCAGUCGAUCACUAGCAUAUCUGGUCAAGGCCAAAGUAACCUGAAUUGUGUGUUAGUGCUGGGGGGGAACAAAAAGGCCUGCAUUGACUGGUCACCAUGACUGGGACUCUAUGAGGGGAGAGAACUCCUGAGACUGAUGCUUGUGCUUGUUUAAGAAAAUUCCUGUAUGUACAUUAGAUUGAAUGUCUGUUUAAUUAAAUAAUGUAAAAGUU